CUCUCCCACCUCCUUGUGUGGCAGAGCCCAGGAGCCCAGCGAAAGGAGUGACCGCGGUUUAAAGGAAAAGCUGACCCUGAAGGGCCCGCCAGAGCCUGACUUACCUUCUCUCACUUGAGAAGAAUCUUCACCCCAGGGCCCAGCUGACUGGCAGGACAGAAGGCAGUGCUCUGGACUGGCUCAUGUGUGUCUCAUUCCCCUUCCUCUCCCAACAGCAGCUACCUGGCACCCGACCUCAGCAUCCCUGCAACCCCUCGGCAGCUGCCACCAUCUCUGCCAUCUCUAAGAUGUGCCCUGGUAACUGGCUCUGGGCCUCCAUGACUUUUAUGGCCCGCUUCUCUCGGAGUAGCUCAAGGUCUCCGGUCCGCACUCGAGGGUCCCUGGAGGAGAUGCCAACCGUUCAACAUCCUUUCCUCAAUGUCUUUGAGUUGGAGCGGCUGCUCUACACAGGCAAGACGGCCUGUAACCAUGCCGAUGAGGUCUGGCCAGGCCUCUACCUCGGAGACCAGGACAUGGCAAACAACCGCCGGGAGCUUCGCCGUCUGGGCAUCACGCACGUCCUCAACGCCUCGCACAGCAGGUGGCGGGGCACGCCUGAGGCCUACGAGGGACUGGGCAUCCGCUACCUGGGUGUUGAGGCCCAUGACUCACCGGCCUUCGACAUGAGCAUCCACUUCCAGACAGCCGCCGACUUCAUCCACCGGGCGCUGAGCCAGCCAGGAGGGAAAAUCCUCGUGCAUUGUGCUGUGGGGGUGAGCCGAUCCGCCACCCUGGUGCUGGCCUACCUCAUGCUGUACCACCACCUCACCCUCGUGGAGGCCAUCAAGAAAGUCAAGGACCACCGAGGCAUCAUCCCCAACCGGGGCUUCCUGAGGCAGCUCCUGGCCCUGGACCGCAGGCUUCGGCAGGGUCUAGAGGCAUGAGGGAGGGGAGGAGAUGUCAGGCCAGGCCUGUGGGUGGGUCUCCGGCUCCCAGCUGGAGAGAGGAGGCCCCGGGGCGGCAGGUAGUGGGAGGCCCAGAUAACCCAUUAUCCUCUCCAGGGGCAGAAGAGGCCAAGCUCCAGGUCUCCGUGGCUCGCUGUGGGAGAGCAAGGGGAGCGUGGCUGGGUAGGGGGCGGGCACCCAGGAGGGGUUGACAAGGGAAGGAGGCAGUGAGGCUGUAGAUGGAAGAGGAUUCUGGGAUUUGGACCUCUGGAAUCCAGCCAUGUGCUCCCAAGGAUUUGCAGUCCCUUCCCCUUUGUGCCCAAGUGUUUCCCUCUCUCACUCACCACAAUGAAAGGACCGUCUCUGUCCUGCACCAGCACAGGGAGUCAGGGACGCCCCUAGCAUGAGUGCAAUUGUGUAGAGUUGUGUGGACCCAUAGCAUACAGACAGACAGCGAAGAGACUGUGAAAAACGCAGAACCAGAGGGAGAACCCCACGACUUGUCACUCCAAGUGCAAGCAGAGGAGGCAUGUGGGGGCUGGCGGUGUGCCCACAGCUGCUGCUCGCGCCAGAACAGUUACAGAAGUGCAUGACUGGCAGUGUUUAGAUGCUCACUCGCUUACUGGAUUCAGGUGUCUUGAGGAAAAAUAAAGAUCGUGGAAAAGAAA